GGCCAAAUCAGUCUUCCGGCGCGCACCAACAACCUGAGGGCACCUGAGGACACUAAGGCUGGACUGGAAUUUGAGAACGCCGCCAGCACGUGCGCCAAGAGGGGGUACAGCCGACGGGGACAUCGAUCGAGCGUGAGCAGCCCCGAGCACGGAGCACCGCGGCCGAAUAGAGGGUAUCGUUAACGAAACAAGGAGUGUGCCGAUACAGCAGUCGGACAAGGAGCGAUGGCGUUCAACUUCUCCACAGGCGGGGCAGCAGCCAAGCCGGCCACGGGAGGGUUCAGCUUCGGAGCUUCGGCUGCCCCGGCCCCCGCGGCACCAGCAGCAGCGGCGGCCCCGACCUUCUCCUUUUCGAGCACCCCUGCCGCCGCCCCUGCCCCCGCCACCACCGGCGGUGGGUUUUCGUUCGGGGCGGCGCCUGCCCCUGCCGCUGCCGCCCCCGCCCCCGCUGGUGGGGGGUUUUCUUUCGGAACAAAGCCUGCUGCUGCCGCGCCGGCACCGGCGGCAGCCGCCACUGCCCCCGCGCCUGCUGGCGGGUUUUCGUUUGGAGCGACACCGGCCGCUGCUCCUGCCGCGGCAUCAGCAACACCUGCUGCCGCCCCCGCCCCCGCUGGUGGCGGGUUUUCUUUCGGAACGAAGCCUGCUGCUGCCGCGCCGGCACCAGUGGCAGCCACCACUGCCCCCGCGCCUUCUGGCGGUUUCUCGUUAGGGGCGACGCCGGCCCCUGCCCCCGCAGCAUCAACCACCGCAGCCACCGCAAGUGCUCCGGCGCACGCAAGUAAGUUUUCGUUCGGCGCGGCGGCGGCGACCCCUGCCCCCGCCGCCGCAGCAGCAACCACCGCUGCCCCUGCGCCGGCCACAGCAACCAGAACCACGGCGGCCGCAACUCCUGCUGCUGCCGCGCCUGCGCCUGCCGCUGCAGGCGGGUUCAGCUUCGGGGCCAAAGCCCCAACAGCGGCCGCAGCCCCCGCCGCUGCCUCUGGGGGGUUCUCGUUCGGAGCCGCGGCACCGGCCCCAGCUGCUGCGACGGCAUCCACGACGGCAACAGCUACUGCUCCCGCCGCCGGGGGUGAUUUAUUUGGGGGAGCCGCAGGGAGCACUGCCGGGACGGGGGCUACCGGGGCUGCCAAAGACGGGAAUGAAGCUGCAAGCGGUUCGGCGGCGGCAGAGUUAGCAGGGACCAUGACGGUGGAAGAGAUUGUCAACAGCUGGAAUGUGGAGCUGGACCAGGAUGCCACAACGUUUACCAACGAGGCUGUAAAGGUGUCAGAUUGGGACGUGGUCCUGCGAGAGACGCAGUCGGAGCUGUUCAGCCUCGCGGAUGACGUGCAGAAACUCGUGCUGGGACAGCAGGACCUGGCGCGCAGCAUGAAGGCCAUUGAGGGGGAGCAGUCUCACCUAGACAAAACGCUGGAUCAGCUUGAGGGGCAGGCGGAGAAAUUGAUGCGCGAUCAGCGCGGGCAGUCGCCAGAGGAGGGAGACGUGGAGCGAGAGCAGGCCUUCCAGAUCGCGCAGACUGUGGACAUGCAACUCGCGGGGAUGGUGGAUACUCUCAAGUCUCUGGUAGACCAGGUAAACUCUUCCACCUCCUCGUCGUCCAUCGGCGCAGUCGGUGGGAGGGGGGACGCCGGGGGCGACAGCAACGCGCGCAAGAUCGUCCGCAUCCUCAACGCGCACCACCAUUCUCUGACCUGGCUAGAGGAGACCUCCAAGACGAUGCUACAGGAUACUGCCGACGUCGGCCGGAGGUUGGGGAUGCCAUCGGAUGCCGCGCUAUUGCCGCCGUAGAUACCAGAGGGAGGGAGGGGCAACCUGCCACUACCUGGAACAGCUUGAGAAUAAUGACGACGUCAUCCCCAUCCGAUGCCACGGUGACGUCAUCUGGAUCAAUGCCUUAGCGGAAAGGUCCGCAACUACCGUUCUCUAGCAAGGCGGUUGGAGGAGCGCCGGAACGUGAUGUAUACGAUAUCCCGCGGAGGAUGAGGAUGGCGAAGAUUCCAUCGGCCCGUCGCAUGUCUCCUGUGAUUCACAUUGUGCGAGAACGUGUGUAGACCCCGGUAUUUUCACAGACUCCCAUUGAUGCCGUUUGGAUAUUUUACCCUCUGGUGUUGGAGAGGGGAUUCAUGUCGAGCAUUGUGGAGCUUCGUUCCAACCCGGUAGAGGCGAGCGUUUGGUUUCCUGGCGGGCACGCCUUUGUCUCAAGGUUCAGUGCUGAUGUUCCGAAGACGUGUUUGUCGAUGCCCUUUGAACAUCUUAAGCCUGGUUGGGUACAUUGUGCCGCGUUAAUUCGGGCCGUUUCUACUCGACUGCGAGAGAAGACGGCUGCUGCUAGAGACUGUAUUUGAUGGAAAAGCUGCUAUCUCUUUGGUCUCUGCUGCUGCUGGUGGAACAAGUCGAGACAAAUUUCGGAGAGUCUUUGAAUGGAGUUAAUUGGUCGAGGCCUCAAUACUUUCUCGGCUCGUGCUUUCCACUUGACCGAAUACGAUAGACGCUCUUGUCAGACUUGACGACAGUCGGUCUACCAGGUCUACUGACGGCAAACUUCUUCUGCCCACAAGAUGUGGGGAAGGAAGGACGGACCCCUUCCUUGUCUGCCGCCGGACGGCCAUACAUCAACUUGGCUCUUUAAAAUCGAGCUGGUGCUCCAUUCUGGCGUGCGUGAGCGAUUCGUGCCAAGUAGUGCGAUCGACCAUCGCGACGAUACCGGUCCGGUCUUCUCGUGGGGUACCCUUGCUCCGCACGAUGCAGGGUUAAUCCCUUACUCCUCGCGGAACCAACAGCGAGCGCAGUGUUCCCUUCUCCGUGAGGUACCCGUUCGUUUCACAGGUUCUGCAUCACCCUCUUCGUGUCGUGUUGGUCUCUAAACGGUGCUUCUUCCGGGGAUGGGACGUCAAUACAGAAGACAACAUACAAGGAGAUGGAAAACGCCAGCAGUCUGGUAGGCGACCACACUGCCCUAUCAACGUAUUAGGCGGUGAUGAUAGGUGCACUUGUUUCAAACCUCAGUGCUCCGUACUGCCGUAGACCGAACGCAGUUCUUUCUGAAGUAGCUGCACACGAACGACCGGGAAGUCUUGGAGCAUUCAGCGGCUCGGGCCGCUCGAACCUCGCUUAAAUGUGGCAAAAAGAAUGAAACAGCGACGAGGGGCCCAAAAUUUACACGUACAGCAUCGAAAACAAUUUGAAGCUGCUUGUGCCUUGUUCGCAUGACCGCUCAAGCCUUCGCAUUGCGGCCGCUUCCUUCAUGGUGCAGUCGUGAUGUCGUCGGUCGUGGGCUCUCGAUCUUCAGAGGGACGGCCAUUUGGUCUGCGCGCCCAAUACGGUGUGUUCGUCUGACCCAAUUCGUCAUCCCGACAUAAGUUGGCUAUAGCUACGAUACCCGCUAGCCACACGGAAGAGACGAUUCUGGUUGUGUUGCGCCACCGUGUGGUAGGACCUCGAUUGAAUAGAACGAAAACGAAGGACGCGAUGUUUCUCUUGUCUGGAUGCCGUAGACAUUAUGCUCCUGGUUACUUGCUCAACUCAAAAGAGUCAAGAACAACACUCAGAUGCGCAUUGAUGGGUACUGUUAUGCCUAAAACCGAUCCACAAACACCAGCAGU